UGCCUUUCUUUCACGAGGAACACUCACAUAUGUUAAUUCAAACUUGCUAGGAAUCAAAAUUAGAAGAAAGGCGCAAUCACAUUGACAAAUACAGUACUUUGAGCUCUCUCUGCCGCAAUGUGCGAAGUCUCUCAGUUUCCCUUUUCUCUCCCUAACAAAUUCUCUUUGAAGACCAUGGACAAAACCCUAGCCGUCACUCAUCGUCUGCUUCCGCUAAGUUUCCGCUUGCCUGCAGCUUCCUCUGUUAAUUUCAACGUUAGACUUUCAAGAUCAAGCUCAAGGUCUCUUGAUCUUGUUGGUUCAAGCUCGCGUGGUUGUACUCUAAAAUGCUCAGCUUCAACACUUGAUAACCAAGUAGCAAGAUUUCAAGAAGCUUCAAAGAAUGGGAAUUUAAUUCCUCUAUACCGAUAUAUAUUCUCCGAUCACCUAACUCCAGUGCUUGCUUACCGAUGUCUGGUUAGAGAAGAUGAUAGAGAUGCUCCAAGCUUUUUGUUUGAAUCAGUUGAGCCUGGCUUGGAUGCUUCCACAAUUGGGCGAUAUAGUUUCGUAGGAGCUCAACCAAGAAUGGAGAUUGUAGCUAAAGAGAACAUGGUUACAAUAAUGGACCAUUAUGAAGGUAGUCGGAUGGAGGAGAUUGUGGAGGAUCCAAUGGAGGUUCCUAGAAAAAUCAUGGAGGGCUGGAAACCUCAACUUAUUGACGAGCUUCCAGAAGCAUUUUGCGGUGGAUGGGUAGGCUAUUUCUCAUAUGACACAGUGCGGUAUGUAGAGAAGAAAAAGCUGCCUUUCUCUGGUGCCCCACCUGAUGAUAGGAAUCUCCCUGAUGUCCAUUUAGGCCUUUAUGAUGAUGUGAUUGUAUUUGAUCACGUGGAAAAGAAAGCUUGUGUGAUUCACUGGGUGCAAUUAGACCGAUUUUCUUCUGUCAUGGAGGCCUAUGAGGAUGGAAUGAAUCGACUGGAAAGUAUCUUAUCAAGAGUGCAUGAUAUUGCUCCACCAAGGCUACCUGCAGGUUCAAUAAAGUUGUUCACUCGUCUUUUUGGCCCUAAAUUGGAGAAUUCAAGCAUGACGAGUGAAGAAUACAAGGAUGCAGUGUUGCAGGCAAAGGACCAUAUUUUGGCUGGUGAUAUUUUCCAGAUUGUAUUAAGUCAGCGUUUUGAACGUAGGACAUUUGCAGAUCCUUUUGAAAUUUACAGAGCUUUGAGGGUUGUCAAUCCAAGUCCAUACAUGACAUAUUUACAAGCUAGAGGAUGUAUACUGGUUGCUUCUAGUCCUGAAAUUCUUACACGUGUGAAGAAGGAGAAGAUUACAAACCGACCCCUUGCUGGGACUGUUAGGAGAGGAAAGACCCCUAAAGAAGAUCUAAUGUUGGAAAAGGAGCUUUUGAAUGAUCAAAAGCAAUGUGCAGAGCACAUUAUGCUUGUUGACUUGGGGAGGAAUGAUGUGGGCAAGGUCUCCAAACCUGGUUCUGUGAAGGUUGAAAAGCUCAUGAAUAUUGAACGAUAUUCCCAUGUUAUGCACAUCAGCUCAACAGUCACUGGAGAGUUGCUUGAUAAUUUAACUAGAUGGGAUGUGUUGCGCGCUGCACUGCCUGUUGGUACUGUUAGCGGAGCACCAAAGGUGAAAGCCAUGGAAUUGAUCGAUCAGCUGGAAGUGACCAGACGAGGGCCUUACAGUGGUGGAUUUGGAGGCAUUUCAUUUUCCGGUGACAUGGACAUCGCCCUUGCUCUUAGGACUAUUGUCUUCCCCACCAGUACUCGUUAUGAUACAAUGUAUUCAUACAAGGAUGUGAACACUCGUCGAGAAUGGGUAGCUCACCUCCAAGCUGGGGCUGGAAUUGUGGCUGACAGUGAUCCUGCAGACGAGCAGAGAGAGUGUGAGAACAAAGCAGCCGCACUUGCUCGUGCCAUUGAUCUUGCAGAGUCAGCAUUUCUCAAGAAAUGAUUUAAAAUUUGUAGUUUGUGUUGCAAUAUUUCUAUAUUCAAAGGAAAUGUACUGCGUGGUAUCUGUGCGAGUACUGACUUGAGUGUUUUUUUUCUUUUCUUUGUUUUGGUUAAAUGAGGAAACUAUAAUGCUGUCAGAUUGUACAGUCGGGACUGGAAAUGAUAAAGGCAACGAGAAUCUGAUUUUUCAAA